AUGACCGCAUUCAAAUUCCCGUGGCAAUACGACUUUCCGCCAUUUUUUACAAUUCAAAAGGCACUUCAAACCAGAGAAAAACAAUUGGAAGCCUGGGCUCGCUUGGUGAUUGAUUAUGCGCAACAUAACAAAAUCUAUACAAUGGAUAUCGCAGAAGCCACGACAAGCGAGUUGUUUUCGAAUCUGAAAUUGAAUAGGCGUUUGUCUUCUGAAGGAAUUGCUACCGUCCUACAAUACUUGGAGCAAAAAAAAUUAAUUGAGUUCACCGACUCGAGCCGAACACGAUUCCACGUCUUCUGGCGUCGUCCGGACGUCUGGGCAUCGACAAUUUAUCAAUGGGCUGUUGAAAACGCCUUCUUGAAUACUCCACUUACUUUAUAUGAGAUUACUCAAGGAGAUGAUACUGUCAAUGAGUCUUUUCAUAACUUGGAACGAGAAAUUCUUAUGAAAGCCUUGAAUAUCCUUGCCGAUCAACGACGUGCUCAGUUAUUGAAUAUCGGAAGCGAAAAUGAGGGCGUGCUGGAAAUAGUGAUGCCGCAUCAACAGAAGUCGAUAAGCAUUGAUGAAAAAGAUGUGCCGUCAUUUUUCCGCUAUGAGGAACGCAUUCAAGAGGGCGACACUGUCAUCGUCUAUGUGACAUACGGACAAACUAUAGCGAUUGAAGUGAAGCGCGGUCAGACGCUUAUGAUGAAAUACGGGGCACUUCGGCAUGAGUUCAUCAUCGGAAAAAAAUGGGGAUCGAAGAUCUCGUCGACGGCAGGAUAUGUGUACGUAUUGAGGCCGUCAUCUGAGCUCUGGACGAGAUCAUUGCCAAGAAGAACUCAAAUUUUGUAUACCGCCGAUUGUUCUCUGAUUUUGCAAUUAUUAGAUGCCAAGCCGGGAGCUGUGAUUUGUGAAUCGGGAACCGGAAGCGGCUCAUUGUCGCACGCCAUCACCAUGUGCAUUGCCCCCAAUGGCCAUUUAUACACCCAUGACAUUGAUGAGAGUCGCACGAAGAAGAUUGAGCAGGAAUUCAAAACCCACGGACUGUCAGAAAUCACGACGGCUGUUGUUCAAAAUGUGUGCACUGACGGCUUCUUUGUGACGAAUGCGUGUGAUGGAGUGUUCCUUGAUGUUCCGGCCCCCUGGGAAGCGAUCAAGUUUGCGGCGAAGGCGAUUUCGUGCACCAGAGGCGGUCGGCUCGUCUCGUUCAGUCCGUGCAUUGAGCAGGUGCAGCGAGCAUGUCAGGCAAUGAAGAAGGAGGGAUUUAUUCAAAUCGAGACAAUUGAGAUUGUGCCGCAAACACAUAAGGUCGUUUCACAGCAUCGCCAAACUCUUGCUGAAUUCGAAGACUCCGGGGACGUUUAUCCAAGAGGUGACGCAUCAUCGAGAAAACGGAAAGCAGAUGGAGAACCACAAGAAAACUCAGAAGCGGUGAAACCACUGAGAAAAGCAACCGCCAUCGUAUUCCCUUAUAAUCAACCGACACAUACUGGAUAUUUAACACAUGCCACGCUGUUGCCUGUUGAUGAAGUUAUAGUAAUUUAA